GCGCCGCUCGUUUUAAUCGCGAAGCUGUUACCGCAUUGUAACAAGUGGCGGGACCGGCUUUGUAUCUCUCUCGUCUUUGUUUCUCCUCAUUCUCCCCGGCCGCCUUUGUCUCUCCAAAGCCAUGUCCGCACAGCACCAAUGCCUCAUGCCGUUGGAAGCGAAUCCGGAGGUGGUGAAUCAGCUGCUGACGCUGCUGGGGGUACGGGGCCUGGUGGCGAGGGACCUGCUGGGCCUGGAGGGCGCCAGCCUCGCAGCGAUCCCGCGCCCGGCGCACGCCAUCGUCCUGCUACUGCCCCGUGCUGCCCACGACUCUGGAGAGGGGCAGGGGGGGGCAGCCAUCCCCGGUGACGUGUACCAUGUGACCCAGCCGGCCCAGACGCUGUGCGGCAUUCUGGGUAUCGUGCACGCCCUCGCCAACAUUCCCCGCGCUGCACUCCGAUUGGACAGUGACUCCCCAUUCAAGAAAUUCCUGGAGGAGACGAAGUCUCUGAGCCCCGCGGAACGAGGAGAACGCCUGCAUAGUGACACGGCCAUUUCUAAGGCGCACUUGGCUUGUGCUAAUCAAGGCCAGUCCCAGGUGCCAGGCGAGCCGUCCAGUGUUGAUCUCCAUUACGUGGCGCUGGUGUGCGUGGGAGACGGGCUGUACGAACUCGAUGGAUGGAAGGCGGCCCCAGUGCACCACGGUCCUUCCAGCGCAGCCUCGGUUCUGGAGGACGCCGCCCGCGUCUGCCGCUCCCUCGUCUCCCGCGCCCCCGGUGACCUCCGCUUCUCUGCCCUCGUGCUGUGCGAGGAGACCGCCGCCUGAACACCCGGAGACCGGAACCCGGAAUCCGGAACCCGGUACCCGGAGCCCGGAGUCCCCCACAACUCUGGCUUCCCCAACCUCUUAAGAGUCGCAGGAUUGCACUAUGUAACACAGUUUAUUUUUCCUCGGUGGGAAGUGUUGCCUCCCUCGUUGCUUACGCCUAACAAAGUGUGGAACGUGGAUAUUAUUCCCCGCAAAACUUUUGCUUUUGUGACCGCGACGGUGAUAUUUUUUUUUUAUU